CCCCAGCUUGCGCCUUUAUCUACGGAGCGAGGUAUCCCAGCUUGAUCACACACCUAUCAGUCACGAUGAUUGAAACUCAGGUCGAGAUUGCUGCUCCGCCCUCCAAAGUGCGCGAAGUGCUCUUGGACUUUUCAAAAUACCCUGAGUGGCACGUCUCUACCUUUCACCUUCUCAAAGCGAAGAAUAGCACCAAGACGCUGGCGACUUUAAUACCGGGCGAUGUCAUAUGUUGUGGCAUAGAUGGCAUGAAGUUUGACGCCAAGAUCACUGAGAAUUCCGAGAACCUCUUCCAGUGGCAGGGUCCGCCGGUUGCUGGCUUGGUCGCUGGGCUGCAUAGCUUCUAUAUACUUUCCACAAAGGACGGGUCGGCGACGAUACUCAAGCAAACGGAAGAGUUUACUGGUGCACUUGCAUUUCUGAUGGGACCCUCGUUGUUGGGCAGGAAGUUGGUUGGACAGUAUAGGAGAUUCAACGCGGAUCUCAAGCGCAGGGUUGAGGAGCUGGAAUCGAAGGAUGGAACGGCGGCGGGGGCAUAUAACACUUGAAUAAGUACAGUUCAAUGGCUCU